AUGGACAGUGUCGUUGACCAUUUACCCUUAUCUUGGCUUCCUUUACCAAUCACCCAAAGUGCCCUAUCAGACGUUGCACGAGCCUGUGUAUCAAACACAUCCUUUGAACAAGAGUUUAAAGAGCUUAAAUAUGCCCCUUGGAGGUUUUCAUACUUGGAUUAUUAUCAACUACAACGUGACAUCACCACUAUCUCACUCUCUCAGACUGUAGCUAAACGAUUCGAAGCUGAAUGGAGCAAAGUUCACAGCUUUUUUGUAUUAAAAAAGGGUGAAAUAGAAAGGCGUAUAGUCGCAUGCCAUUUACUCAAGAAAGAGGAUAUUAAUUCAUUGAUGGAACAAAUCAAAAUUAUCCAAGCUGAUAUCCAUCGCUUGUACCACUUUGCAAAGUUGAAUUAUUCCGGCUUUCUAAAGCUAUUUAUUCUAUACGACGAGCUGUUUGAAUCACAUUCAACUGACCUGUUAUUACAGCGCAUGAUGAUAAAUAAAUCAUUUUGGGACCCAUCUAUUGUUCUCUUUGAAUUUGCUGAUCAGCUCAAUUACUUGAUGCCGCACCCAGUCUGUGCGCCCUGUGUAUCAAGAGGGAAAAUCAAAAAAUACUGGGUACAUCCUGAUAACGUAUUAGAAGUAAUGCUUUAUUUAUCAUCCAAGGCAACCAUACAAAACACGCAUCCUUCCGACCUGUACCCAGCCAUGAAUGAAAUCGGCCUUCCCUUAUCAUAUGAUUAUAGCGCAUAUCACCAACACAAGCCAUCGAUCGCCACAAUCAGUGACACCAAUAAAGUACAAAUAACAUCUAUUUAUUUCGAUACACCUACAUUCGCCAGUUACUCUGAAAGAAUCGCCAAUCCAUCUUGUCAUGACUCAAUAGUGCGUAUGAGAUAUUAUGGAAACAAGGAUCAUGAUACAAUCAACUUUGUGGCCAUUGAAGAAAAGGGAUAUGAUCACAACGUCAUCAAGAGUCGAUCUCAGCAGACACAUAAACGUCUCGGAAAAAUUCCUCAAUGCAGCCAAGAAUCGAUAGCUUCAAACGUUUCAGAGCAGUAUCAGGGUAAUUAUAGUAAGAUUCAUCAAAGGUUUUGGGUAAAAAAGAAACAUAUGUCAAAGUGGAUGAAAGGUAGUUAUUCCUUCAAGAAAACCCUCGAUAAACCAUGCUGCCAGUAUCGCACAAAGGAACCUCAAAGAAGUGUCCAACAAAUGAAAGAUUCAUGCUUCAAGCUAGAAAAUCAAGUUCAUUCUAAAGAAAAAGUUCCAGUGUUAAAAAUAGCUCAGACACGUACUGUCUAUCAAGCACAUGACUCUCGCUCGACCAUCUACCUUGAUACGAAUAUUGUCAUGGUGCAGUUAUCACAAAAUGAAACAGGGAAUUCGAUUCUAGAGCCUUCGAAAUAUCCCUACGAGAACUUGUCUAGUCAUGAGGCUGUACGUUUCCCUUAUUGUCUUGUUCAGAUCAUUGGUGACGACUUACCAGAGCUUCAAUCUUGUUGCUUACUAGAGCCUGCUCAUGAUUUCUCACUGUAUUUACAUGGUAUUGGCACUUUGUUUUCAGAUAAAGUUCAUGUUUAUCCAAAGUGGCUACAGAAUCCCUUGCAGGAUGACUUGCGACGCACUUCAUUCAGAGGAGACCUGUUGUUUGCAGAGGAAAAAAGACAGAGACGAAGCUUUAACCAGAACUCAUUAAGGAUCAAUACGAAUACUGUCCAUAGCGAUAGUGAUCAAAGCAGCAUUGCUGAUACACCUUGGAGUUCUACAACUAUCGCAACUAUUGUAACAUGUUAUGAUGAUGAUCCUGAUAUCAGCCAAGUGAGCCACCAUAGUCAGCAACAUCUCGACGAGAAUAAACUGUUUGCUCCGCUUAGUAAUCGUAGUAGCAGAUGCCCUUCAUUAGAAACCAUUGCUACUUCGCCUUUACUCACACCAAACUCUCAACGAACGUUUGAUAUAAACUCUCCGCUUCUGUCACCAGCCAGACAGUCAUUUGAUUCCUCCUGCAGUUUUGAUCAUCCUACGUCGUCUCGAUCGGACCCUUGGAACUCCAGCAUUCAAAGGCUCAUAGCAGCCUACCUCUUUACCACAAGACAAAUUACAGUACUUUUUCAAGCACGCAUCGAAUAG